UAUAAAUACAAUUAUUAUUAUUAUUAUGAUCAUGAUUAUUAUCAUUAUCAUGGUAUUAUUUUCUGUGCGGGUUCUCGGUUCUGAUUGGCUGCCGGUUGCCACCUGCGGAAGCGGAAGCCGCCGUCUCCUCGGAAGGUUCCUGAAGAUCCACUCUGCGCGCCAGUUGGGAGACAAGUGUGCGCAGUCGGGGCGAAGAACAGACCCGCGGGAUGGAUGCUCACUGAUCCAGCAGCCGCAACCUCAAAAGAAGAAGGGAAAAAAAAUCGUACUUUGAAAGCUCAGUCAGGCUUUGGCAAAAAAAGAAAAAGUAGAUUCCCGGUGGUUCGAUUCCCCUCGCCCUCCACCAGACACCAUGACGUCCUCCAUGCUCCGCCGACAGCUGAAGAACCUGGUCCAGAACUACUCUGAAGCUGAGGUCAAGGUCAGAGAGGCGACGUCCAACGACCCGUGGGGCCCGUCCAGCACUCAGAUGGCCGACAUCUCCGACCUGACCUAUAACGUGGUGGCCUGCAAUGAGAUCAUGACGAUGCUCUGGAAACGCCUGAAAGACGACAAGAACUGGAGACACAUCCACAAGUCCCUGACACUGCUAGAGUAUCUGUUGAAGACCGGUGACGAUCGCGUGCUCCUGAAAAUGAAAGACAGCAUCUACAUCGUCAAAGCCCUCACAGAGUACCGCUUUGUGGAGAAAGACGGCAAAGAUCAGGGUCUAAACGUGAGAGAGAAAGCUAAGGUUGUCCUUGUUCUAAUGGAGGACGAUGAGAAACUAAAGGAGGAAAGAGACUUUGCAGUCAAGACCAGAGAGAAGACAUCGAAAGGUGCUGCAGCCUCGUCCUCGGAUGUCGUCAAGGAUCUUAGCUACAAGCCGUGCUACGUUGCUGGGGCAUCAGGGCUUCCCUCCUUGGACAACAUCCCCUCGGUGGCGGACUUAACUGCUGCCUUCACUGCCCGCAAAGAGGAACGGCUCCGCCAGGAAGCCGAGAAGAAAGACAUGGAGAGAAGAGCUAAGAUGAGUGAGGACGAGCUGCAAUGGGAGGAUGCGGGAAAAGGCCCCGAUGCUAAAGGUGAUGCUUGGGCAGGAGAAAAGGAAGAGAAGGAGGAGGUGAAACCAGACCCAUGGGGAGCCUCAAAACAACCUAAAGAGGCCACAGAUCCAUGGGGCACACCAGCGAAAGCUGAGAAACCAGCUAACAGUGAUCCUUGGGGGGCUCCAUCUACACCUGAAGAAGAUCAAUUUGCAGCACCAAAAACUGAUGAAGAUCCAUUUGAAUCAACAAAAAACCAUCCAUUUGCAGUGCCAAAGAAUGGAGAAGAUCCUUUUGUAGCAUCAAAAGACGAACCGGAUCCAUUCAACACCCCCAAAGACAGUUCAGAUCCCUUCAGUGCACCCAAAGACAAGGAGGAUCCAUUUGCUGCUCCAAAAGAUAAAGCAGAUCCUUUUAAUUCAUCAAACAAUGAUCCAUUUAAUACACCCAAAGACGAUCCCUUCAACGCCCCAAAAGACGAUCCCUUCAACGCCCCAAAAGAAGAUCCCUUCAAUGCCCCAAAAGACGAUCCCUUUAAUGCCCCGAAAGACGAUCCUUUCAACUCCCCAAAAGACGACCCCUUUAACGCCCCAAAAGAUGAUCCCUUCACUGCACUGGCAACAACACCCCCUAAAGAAGACCCAUUUGCAGCACCAACAUCCUCUAAAGACGACCCUUUCACUGCUCCCACAACGCCGCCUAAAGAAGAUCCGUUCUCUGUGCCGACCAAACCUGCUCAAGGUGACCCCUUUGCUUCACCAACAUCUCAACCCAAGGAGUAUCCCUUCUCUGCAUCAUCCAACCAGACUAAAGAUGACCCCUUCACUGCACCAACCACACCCCCCAAAGAGGAUCCUUUCUCUGCACCAUCCAAACCUACAAAAGACGAACCCUUCGCAGCAUCGACAACACCCCCUAAAGAGGACCCAUUUGCAAGGUCCAGUCCGCCAAAAGAUGACGCCGCAGAUCCCUUCAAUGCUCCUACGGCGACAUCACUCCAAGGAGGUGCAGAUGCGUGGGGAGCUCCUGCCAGCUCACCAACUGCCACUGCGGCAGAUCCCUGGGAGACACCAUCAACUGCAAAGGAAACAAAGGGUGGAGAUCUCUGGGGGAACAGUGCAAGCGCCACCACUCCCAAUGAUAAUGCUGAUCCAUUUGAGGUUGCGUCCCAACAGGACAAUGACCCAUGGGGAGCCCCAGCUUCAGCUCCAGCCAGUACAGAUGAUGCGUGGGGUUCACCUGCUCCACCCUCAGACUCCUCAACAUCUGGUGACCCCUUCGGAGACGGAGCGGCUAAAGCCAAUGAUCCCUGGGGUGCACCGAGCAAUGCAACUAGCAACACUGCAGGAAAGCGAACGGCACAAGAGGAGGUGGUGUACAGAAAGACUGCUCUGUUCUUGGGCCCGGCCGCGGCGUCGCUGGUUGACUUGGACGAUCUAUUUUCUUGUAACCCCGCACAGCGCCCCCUCAUCAACACGCCCGUCGGCCAGACACAAGCCGUCGGCGCUUUCAAAGCCGGGGGCAUUUCGUCUGGCCCUGCUCUCAGAUCGGGGGCUGUUGCAGGACUGUCCCUUCCUAAAACAUCAGCCCUACCUGCUUGUCCUUUUGGUUCCACCCGUGCACCCUCCCAUGAUGCACCACCUCCCUCGUUUGGAGCCGUUAAUCCUUCCAGUGGCGCUCCCCUCUCUCAGCUACCAUCCUAUAUGAUGGGCUUGUCUUACUCUGGCUUCAGUUUGCUUCAGGUGGCUCCAGAAACUGGGGAAGGAAGUCCACAAGUGGGACUUCACACGAAGCGACCCGGCGGAGGAGAGGGAUUGGUGCCGACUGGAUAUCCCGCGGGGAAUCCUUUGGCAGGCCCCCCUUUGUGGGGAACAGGAAUGGGUCAGUCCAGUUUCUUUGGUGGGAAUCAUCAAACCAGUGUGGCUCAUUUGGGACGAUCCACUCCGCAGGGCGCAGGUGGAAUCCCAGUGCAGCCGCAGAUGGUGAACAAAAACAACAAUCCCUUCCUGUUCUGACAACGUGACAAAUAAAACCUGUCGUGUAUAUAUUCAAGUCUGAAAGGCUGUUUGAUGAAGCAUGACACAGUGUAGUUUCUGCCCUGUUAAAGUAUUUACUUCAUCAUUACCAUUUAUUAGCCAUAAGAUCACAGAUUGCAUUAAUUAGUACCUCACAAAAGUUCAACAUUCAACACACGACUUUUUGUGAGUUUGAUCUUGAUUUUCAGUAGAUGAAUUUCAAAGCUCAGAUGUCAGAUGAUGAUAGUAAAAUAGUUCCGAUGAAUCCCUUCUUGAAACCAGACUAAUAUGCAAUAAAACAACUUACUUGACUUUUAAAUUAAGUUGGUCUAAAUAUUUGCAGCCAGGGACCAAAAUCAGUACUUAACAAUAAUGAGCUGCUUUGUCAGACCUGCACCGAAGUCCGGAUAUUGUCCGGAGUAGUUGUUUGUGAGGACGCAAAGUGUUGCCCUUGACAUUUUCCGAAAAAUGUCCGUAUAAUAUUAGAGCGAGCCCGUGUGAGAAUACAGCAGGAAAAAAUCUCAGCGAGCGAGUGGACGUGUUGAUGACUGUAAACCAAGACUCUGCUUUCCGCAGCAGAGUCAUCAUCACUGUCAUCGUGUGUGUACUUAUUAUUGGAAUCAAACCAAUUGGAUCAGCAAUUAAUUUUUUAAUUUUUACAAGUCUAGGAAACGGAAUGUAAGCAUCCGUCCAUUCAGUGUGUGUUCAUGUAAAUAGUGGAAGAUAAACCUUGAAAUAUACUGUACAUGAGAGUGUUACAAUCACGAGUAACUAUUUAUUGAUUAUUUAUAGCUUGAUUAUUCAUUGAUGUGGCAAAUGGCGUCCGAUGAAGACAAAAGUUCAGAUUGACUCUUGGUCACAGCGUCGCAGGAAUCGGAUCCGGUCGACGGCUGACUGUAUCUGGUAACGUGUGAUGUCGAGCGUGAUCCGCUUUACUCUAAUUGGCUGUUGAAACAGCGCGUCAUCCAAUCCACUCGGUAACCAAUGGUGGCUUUAUUUCUCCUGUUUAGGUUUGUAGAAGCAGAAAUUUAUUAUUGUCCGAUGUUUAGCUGAACAUCUCAACCUGCAUGAUGUCCGAGCAGAACCCCCUCCUCCUCCUCCGUAAGCAAACGUGUGCGUGCGCGUGUGUGUGUGUGUGUGUUACGUUAUCUGGUGUGAGAGUGAUCAAUGAAAUAUUCCAACAUGCCUGUACAUGAAGGUAAAUAUUAAAAAAAAAAAAAAGGCUCCACUUUAUGUAGCAGGAUUAACGGUAGUUUACGUGAUCAGACACCAACAGUGACUUUGAAGAGGUCACACAUUUGUUGGCAUCAUUUAUGUCCUUUUAAUGUGAACUGGUGGGAAAACAGACCAAAAUACUUUAAAUGUUUUUUGUUUGUUUGAUUCAGGAGAAAAUGAAGAAGAAAAAACUUGUCCAUAACACACUUAUAAUUUCUCAAAUUUACUUUUGUAUGAAAUGGAAUUUAUUUUGCCCUGUAUUCAAAUGUAAAGUUGUGUUGUUAAACUGUGAUGGUAUACAGUACAUUUGAGAAAUAAAAUGACACAAUAAGUGA